AUGGGUACAAGUCAGGAUCAAGUAAAGGUAGCUUCACUUCCGUACUGUAACUCUCCAGUUGUGGUGGUUAAGGAGUACACAUCCACUGGGGACACUAAAGAAGGAGUGGUGGUUAAGGAGUACACAUCCACUGGGGACACUAAAGAAGGAGUGGUGGUUAAGGAGUACACAUCCACUGGGAACACUAAAGAAGGAGUGGUGGUUAAGGAGUACACAUCCACUGGGGACACUAAAGAAGGAGUGGUGGUUAAGGAGUACACAUCCACUGGGGACACUAAAGAAGGAGUGGUGGUUAAGGAGUACACAUCCACUGGGGACACUAAAGAAGGAGUGGCGGUUAAGGAGUACACAUCCACUGGGGACACUAAAGAAGGAGUGGUGGUUAAGGAGUACACAUCCACUGGGGACACUAAAGAAGGAGUGGUGGUUAAUGAGUACACAUCCACUGGGAACACUAAAGAAGGAGUGGUGGUUAAGGAGUACACAUCCACUGGGAACACUAAAGAAGGAGUGGUGGUUAAUGAGUACACAUCCACUGGGAACACUAAAGAAGGAGUGGUGGUUAAGGAGUACACAUCCACUGGGAACACUAAAGAAGGAGUGGUGGUUAAGGAGUACACAUCCACUGGGGACACUAAAGAAGGAGUGGUGGUUAAGGAGUACACAUCCACUGGGGACACUAAAGAAGGAGUGGUGGUUAAGGAGUACACAUCCACUGGGGACACUAAAGAAGGAUUGGUGGUUAAGGAGUACACAUCCACUGGGGACACUAAAGAAGGAGUGGUGGUUAAGGAGUACACAUCCACUGGGGACACUAAAGAAGGAGUGGUGCUUAAGGAGUACACAUCCACUGGGGACACUAAAGAAGGAGUGGUGGUUAAGGAGUACACAUCCACUGGGGACACUAAAGAAGGAGUGGUGGUUAAGGAGUAUACAUCCACUGGGGACACUAAAGAAGGAGUGGUGGUUAAGGAGUACACAUCUACUGGGGACACUAAAGGAGGAGUGGUGGUUAAGGAGUACACAUCCACUGGGGACACUAAAGGAGGAGUGGUGGUUAAGGAGUACACAUCCACUGGGAACACUAAAGAAGGAGUGGUGGUUAAGGAGUAUACAUCCACUGGGGACACUAAAGAAGGAGUGGUGGUUAAGGAGUACACAUCUACUGGGGACACUAAAGAAGGAGUGGUGGUUAAGGAGUACACAUCCACUGGGGACACUAAAGAAGGAGUGGUGGUUAAGGAGUAUACAUCCACUGGGGACACUAAAGAAGGAGUGGUGGUUAAGGAGUACACAUCUACUGGGGACACUAAAGAAGGAGUGGUGGUUAAGGAGUACACAUCCACUGGGGACACUAAAGAAGGAGUGGUGGUUAAGGAGUACACAUCCACUGGGGACACUAAAGAAGGAGUGGUGGUUAAGGAGUACACAUCCACUGGGAACACUAAAGAAGGAGUGGUGGUUAAGGAGUACACAUCCACUGGGGACACUAAAGAAGGAGUGGUGGUUAAGGAGUACACAUCCACUGGGAACACUAAAGAAGGAGUGGUGGUUAAGGAGUACACAUCCACUGGGGACACUAAAGAAGGAGUGGUGGUUAAGGAGUACACAUCCACUGGGGACACUAAAGAAGGAGAAGGAGUAAACUAA